AUGUUGCAGCCUUAUUAUGCGAGUUUGGUUGUCGCGCCCACUUCUUUUGUUUACCUGACUGCUUUGCUUCCCUGCAAUUUGCAAGUUGAAGGUGAAGCAGAUGACGAAAUUCACGUGACUUAUGGACCUCCUCCUUCAACCAUUGACCGGGCGACCUGGAGUGGAAAGGUUGAAUUCCUUUUGACCUGUAUUGGAUAUGCUGUUGGCUUGGGUAACAUAGGUGGUUGCACAAAGAACGUCCUCAUUCCCAAACUAGUUAACGUUUAA